UCUCACUUUCUGUCUUUGCCGUUUCCAUUGGGUCCGCUCGAUCAACGGAUCUCCCGCCGUUACAUUCAGUUUCAGACUAAAGCUUGAGGGAGAUGGAGGUCCUCCAACAUUUUAGCCACAAGGAGCAUCCCUUGAUCUUUGUAGAAGACUUAGAAAAUGAAGUUGUUUGCUCUGGUUGCAAAGAAUCAGUAUGGGGCGGUGCCUACAAAUGCUCUGAAUGCAACUUCUUCCUUCACAAGUCAUGCGCCGAGUUACCCCCUGAGAUACAACACUCUCUGCAUCCAAACCACACCUUUGUCCUCCAACUGCCAUCACAGCUUAAACUUUGUGAAGCCUGCUAUGGGAGUUGCGAAAAUAGCUUCUUCUACCAUUGCAAUACUUGCGAUUUCGAAGGCCUUCAUGUCGAAUGUGCUUCCGGUUGGCGAACGAAACCCGACAAUUGUCACCAACAUGAAUUCGUUCCCAUCUUUCAACAGAUCCACUUCACUUGCGAAGCCUGUGGUGAGGAUUGCAACAGCUUUGCCCAGGUAUGUCGCAUUUGUCAACUCUUGGUUCACACUGAAUGUACUGAGAUGCCACGUAGCAUAAGAAUUAUAGCUGAUCGUCACUUGCUCACUCUCAUUUAUUCACUUGGUAAAGUGAUGAAGGAGCACGACGAUCAUGUAUUCUGUAAUCUCUGCUACAAAAAGCUCAAACUCAAGUAUGGGGGUUAUUAUUGUCGAGAGUGCGAUUUCGUAACCCACUUGGAAUGCGCACGCCAAAAUUGGAUUGGACCAAGUGAUACCAUAGACUCAAGCAGAGAUCUUAUUGAGGAUAUCAACUUAGAAGAGGAUGAAGAACCUGAGGUGGUCAAACAUUUGGAUCAUAAACAUUACUUAAUCAUCAGCCGCAAUGAAAGGGAGAUUUAUGAUCGUAAGCGUUGUGAAGGAUGUAUGCAAUCAAUUACCGCCCCAUUUUAUAGUUGUGAGCAAUGCAACUACUUUCUUCAUAGCACGUGUGCUAGAUUACCCUUAAAGAUACGACACCCAAAACACCGACAUCUGCUUACCCUCUCCGCAAGGGGAAAUCUCAUCGAUGGCAUCGUAAAUUGUAAUGCUUGCGGUUGUUAUGGCUUCGCUUAUAAAUGUCACGAUUGUGACUACAGCCUCGACAUCCGAUGUUGUUUGAUUCCGAAAACCUUUAAACAUGAAGGUCACCAACACUCCCUCUUCCAUGCUAUAAGUUCUGUUGAAAAGUGCAGUGCUUGCGACAGAUCAAAGAACAACAAUGGUGUAUUUGUAUGCACUAAAUGCAAUUCUGCAUUGGGUUUUGAAUGUGCAACACUUCCACUCAAAGCUAAGUAUGAAUAUGAUCCACAUCCCCUCUCACUAAUAUACACUGUCGAAAAUGAUUCAGGAGAAUUUUAUUGUCUAAUUUGCGAAGAAGAAAGAAAUCCAAACCAUUGGUUUUAUUACUGUGUAAAAUGCAACUUUGCUGCUCAUCCUCAAUGUGUGGUUGGAAGGCAUCCCUACAUUAAGUAUGGAAGAAAUUUUACUCGGAAAAAUCACCAACACCCUCUCAAUUUUGUCCGAAGGACUAAGGAGUCCCAUCCAUGUAACGCUUGCAGUGAAACUUUUGAUGAAGAUGCAGCCGUAAACUGUACACAAUGCAAAUCCAUUAUCCAUUUGUGGGAUAAAUGUUUGUAUAAAUUAUUUUAA